AUGAGUGCAGACCUCCGUGGACCUGGUAACGGUGCGUCCUGUUGUCAUGACAACUGUGAAACAUUAGCACCCUUCAAGGCUGCUAGUGUGGCCGCCGUGAGCUGUGGUUUUAUUAAGUCAGACACAUUAGUCACAGUAUUAGUGAGUCACUUCACAGUUAUAGUUACAUUUCUGAUCUAUUUUGUUGCAUCAAAUUCAGCAGGCUACAGAAAACCAACUACUUCGACGUUCUCGUACACCACGAGUGCCACAGACUCAGAAUUGGAAGCAGCUUGCAAAGCAGAGAAAUCAAGAAUGGAAACUUUGGAAUUGUUCGGUGCAACACAGCUCCCAGAGAGCACCAACUGCCUUGCUUGCUCAGAAGACGGCAGGUAUCUCAGUCUGGGUCACUCCCGGGGUUUGUCUGUGUGGUGUGCGUCUUCUCUGAUCUGUGUUGCGGAGUGGCUGGAGGACAGACUGGAAAUCACAUCCAUUCAGAUGACCAGAAUGGCUGAGACUGCCUACCUACUUGGAACCAUUGAUGAUAUGGGUACUGCCAGAGUCUUUGCAUAUCACUGUGACAACAUUCACCCCCUCAGUGUUGUUAACAUCAUGGAAGAUAUCAACAAAAGGAGCAUUUGCUUGACCUUUGAACUAUCUCAAGGGGGACAUUAUGGAGUUGCAUCAAUCAGCUGCAACGGUGCUGUUUGGCUUGAAGUCUAUCACUUCCCCACAGAAACCUGGCUGAAAGAGUUAGAGAUGGCAGCAUCACAGAUGCAGGAACCAAACUUUUCGGGAGAUCUGGGCAUGAAAUGGUCUCCAUUAUCAGUGGCAACUAAACUCAAACCACCCAAAAUUCCAGCAGGGACGACAUUGGAAGGUCCACACGAGGCACAAACGACAGAUCUGUUGACACACUAUCUGGUUGUGGAUGUAGACACCUGGAGUCGCCAAAGGGAAGAACGCUCUUUCAAUACAGGCGCAGAGAAAACAAAAGAAACAAAUAAAAGCCCAAGACGUUGCACUCUGCACUUUCUACUGUCUUGUGAACAGUUUCCUGGUGAUACUAAAGCAAAGUCUCAGCCAGCAGAAUUGCCUGUUGCUGUCUGUGUGUGGUGGAGUGGCAGUCACAAUCUUCUUCAGUAUUUGCUGCAGGAAGCACCAAGGAACAAACCAGAUGUUGAACCCAUGCCAGAUGUGUUGUGGCCAAACGCACAGGAAAUCCUCUGCUCUGCUGUUAGUAGAUGCACCCGUUACAUAGGUCUUGGGCUCAGUAAUGCUUUGUUGUGUGUCUGGGACAGGCAAUCUGGGUCUCCAUUGUCUGUUGUCUUAAUGUCAGCAACAGACAGUGCCUUCAUCAGACUGCAGUUUGUGGAUUACUGGCCUGUGUCUACUGAUGAUUCCCAGACUUUCGCUUCAGCAGAAGUCCGUCUUUUGGUGGUGUGUAAAAGUGGAGCAAUUCACACAGUCACCACAGGAAGAGGGACACAAUUCUCCACAACACUGCUCAGCGAAAGGCCUAAAGACAGUGGGGACUUCCCGACUAUCACUGCAUCAGUGCCAUUCCUGCAGAGCUUGGUCCUUAAGGUGCAAAGAAAUGGAAAAGUGUUCCUCCAAGAUGUCAUCAACAAAACCACUGUGUGCUUCUUGAUUCCUCCCAAAACUCAUCUGAUUGCUACUCCUUGCAAUCCUGUGUAUGCUCUGAACAUCAAACAGCAAACUCUGUUCAUACGAGGUGAUCAGGACCCUAGCUACAGAGCCUCUUCUGAAGAAGACAUCCAGAGUCAGCUUUUCAUCUUCCAUUUUGGGGUGUCUGACAUCCUGAGGCAGUACAGUGUUUCACCUCCAGAGUCUCCACAACAACAAAAAACACUGAGCUUUGCCAGUCUAGAGGACACCUGCAAUCUCUACCUUCAGCAAAGAGCACUAUCUGUCGAUGAAAGGAACAAAGCUAUCACCCAAACAUGGAAGCACCUACAGGAGACUGCAGUGAUGGAACAACAGGGGCACAGCAAAGCUGCAGCUGAAUUACUGCAAUGA